AGGUGCCAGCUCUGUUGGCCCACUUCUCCCCCCGGUCAGCUUGCGCCACACUUGGCUUUCCAGGUAAGAGAAAUGAGGCCCACGCCAAAACACUACCUGACACUACACUGCCCUCUGAGCCAUCUCACUCGUUCACUUCUUUCCCACCCCCCCCUUCUUACUUCUUAACUCGCUUUGCCUUUUUCUGUUUUCGCCUGGGCUGAGCCUCUUCGUCUUGCCUGGUUCCUUUUUCUCCCCCGGAUAUUUCCUCGCUAUUUCAUACUCUCCAUCCCCCCUCCGGCUCAACCACAUCAUGACCCUCAAGCCACAUCGCCUCACUCUUCUCUUUUCUGCCACCUAAAUUGACAUGACCUCGGUCCAUAUAGUCUCUUCUGUCGGUCGCCAUCCAUUCCAGGCUGGCGUCAAUCCCUCCGAGUCCAUGGCCGCGUUGAUGCAGUCAAAUAACGAUUCUGUGGCGUUCUCCAAUUCCUUACCUACCCCGUCUCACCCCGUCACCGCGAGUCCCUCGGAUUCGGUCGCCUACCUGAAACACUCCAAACCUGAUUCCUCUUUGACCUCGAUCGCACACGCUGGGUUGAACGUCUCCCGACGCGGUGACUCUCUGCCACCCAUGACCACGCCACCGUCCACCGCGGGCCCGACCGAUCGGCCCUUGGACCAGGAGAAGGAUGCGGAGCGCAACAGUUCGCAGGUCGCCCGUGAGGCCCUAGGCGCCAGCGAGAAGCAGCAACAACAACACCCGCUGCCACCCCCCACUGACGCCGUCGCCGUCUCCGAUCACAUGCAGGUCGAUUCCCACUCCACCCCCGGGAAUGCGCCCGACGCCUUUGCCGCCGCCGACCAUGCCGCCUCCUCCCUGAUGAACACCUCCACGGUCGCCAGUCCCGGUCCCAUCGAGGACUCCGCCUCGCAGGAUGGCGAUCGUCCGCGCCAUCGCGACGAGACCGAGCUGCUGCAGGACACCGGGAACAAGGCCUUCUCCUACCCCAUGCCCACGGGCAACCUGGCCGACCCGCGUCGCGGCCUGAGUCUGCCGGGCUCCGGCUUCGGCAAGGCCGGCCAACGGUCGCCCUCGGCCAAGAAGCACCGCUGUCCCUACUGCGCCACCGAGUUCACUCGCCAUCACAACCUCAAGAGCCAUCUACUCACCCACAGCCAGGAGAAACCCUACGUCUGCCAAACCUGCCAGUCGCGCUUCCGCCGCCUCCACGACCUCAAGCGGCACACCAAGCUGCACACGGGCGAGCGUCCGCACAUCUGCCCCAAGUGCGGUCGCCGCUUCGCCCGGGGCGAUGCCCUGGCGCGCCACAACAAGGGCCAGGGCGGCUGUGCCGGCCGUCGGUCCAGCAUGGGGAGCUACGCUCCCGACGAUGAAUACGGCGACCCGACGGGCCCCGGCGGUCCCGACGACUCCAUGGAGGGGCUCGUCUACGCCGAGCCGGAGCGCAUGGACGAGGAGGACGAGCGCCGCCUCAACAUGCCGAGCAUCAAGAAGCACGACCUUCCCGCCCCCAGCGGCGCCAGCUACCCCCCGCCCCGCCAGCCGAGCACCUAUCCGCCCCUGGCUGCGGGGCGACCCUCGCCCGGCGGCUUGUUCCCGCCGGCCACCAGCCACGGCGGCUCCAGCGCGUCGGCCUCGCCCGUCUCGCAGCCCGGCAGCCUCACCUUCCCCCCCGCCGGUCACCAGGCCACGGGUCCUCCUCCCUCCGCCUUCCCGCCGGCCGGGGUCGCCGACAGCAGCCCGCGCCCGCUGUCCCCCAACGCCCUCGCCUCACACCCGGUCGGCCCCGGGCCCGACACCACGCCCCACCACCUCCAUCGUCCCCAUUCGCCCGGCAUGACGCCGUCGUUUCAGCCGCCCUACGCCCGAACCGGGUCCAUCUCCCAGGCACCGGUCCCCGGUUCCGCCCCGCCGCCGGGCCUGGGUCUGCCCCCGCCCCAGCCCGGUGCACCGCAGCUGCCGCCCCCGCCAGGCAUGGCCUCGUCGGCGGAUGCGCGCUUUACGCUCCACGCGCCCCCGCCGUCGGCCACCAAGCCGGGCCCAGACGGUCUUCCCACCAAUGGCGGCCAUCGGGCCGGGCCCCCCGAUGGUGGCUACAUCGAUCCUGGCCGGGAACGGGAGGACAGUCUGUGGCGGUACAUCCGGACGGUUCACGACGAGCUGGGCGCGCUGAAAAGCGAGGUUGCGACGCUCCGCGCCCAGCUGGCGUCCCAUGCCGGUCCCACCGACCACAGCAACAGUCUCGCCGCCCCGGCGGUCUCAUCGGCACAACUGGCGGGACAUGAGACCAGUUCGGCCAGUCCGGCGCACCGGUGAGCGGCGACGUUUUGGAAUAUGCUCGCCUUUGUAGCCCGCACUCCCUCCAUUCUUUAUAAUAAUAUUUUUAUUUUUUUUUUAUCCAUUUUCCCUCUCCUG